GGGGAUGCCGUCAUCUGGAUGUGAGGUAUACCGGGUCGAGCUUCUUGCGCGAUCCCGGGCUCGUGUAUGGGGCGAUGCGGUGAUUGGCAUUGGGGCCCCAACUCUACUGGCAAGAGGAGGCGAUGUGAGCUAAUAUCGAGCCUUAGGACAGGCGGAUGUAGAGGAGGUAGAAGAAAGUGGAGAUGCUGGCGGUAUCUGGGGGUACUUUUGGACGCCCCAGAAGGCUACGCCGCCGCAGACUUUAGUUCUGUGGCCUGGUGAAGGAAGCAGAAAGUAGGAGUGAGCUCGGCGGAUAUUUGAUGAUUAGUGAAGCAUUGUUAUUUAAGAAUGGAAGAGGAUACAGAUUUUAGAAUAAGGUUUAGUUCUUUGUGUUUCAUUACUGAUCAUGUUGGAUUUCAUGGCACUAUAAAAAGUUCACCAAGUGACUUUGUUGUUAUUGAGAUUGAUGAACAGGGACAGUUAGUUAAUAAGACUAUUGAUGAACCUAUUUACAAGAGUAGUAAAGUACUACCUGAGCCAAAUAAUUUUGCCAAAAAAACAAAACUAGGUAUUCAAAAUUUAUCCUUUGAAGAGGGAAUCAACGAGGAAGUCAGUACUUUGGUCCAGUACUCCGAUGUUGGCCAAAAUCAUCAGUCUGGUUCAGAAAAGGAAGAUAGUAUCAAUGAUGGAACUUCCAAAGAAGAAAGAGAAAAAAUUCAUGCAUUAGGCUCUUUGUUAGAUAAGAAAACGAAUGAAUUACUGAAUCAGUUUGCCUAUGAUAUAAAAGAGAAAUGGAAUUCUAAAAGUGAGCUAAGUGGACCGUCUCUUGAAUUCUCACUAGGCAGAAUCCUUGACAAAAACCAGAGGGCUAUUUUGCAUAGUGCUAUUCGGCAGAAAUUUCCUUUUUUAAUAACUGUAGGAAGAAAUACUGAAAUUGUUGUAAAACCAAAUCUUGAAUAUAAAGAACUCUGUCACUUGGUAUCUGAAGAAGAAGCAUUUGACUUUUUUAAAUACUUGGAUGCAAAGAAAGAAAAUUCCAAAUUUACCUUUAAACCUGAUACAAACAAAGACCACAGAAAAGCUGUUCACCAUUUUGUCAACAAAAGGUUUGGAAAUCUUGUGGAAACCAAAUCUUUUCCUGAAGCUAAUUGCAAUGCUGGUAAUCCAAAUAUAGUAAUAACGGUAAGAUUUCGUGAAAAAGCACACAAGCACAGGAAAAGGUCUGUUGAAUGCCAGGAAAAAAAAGUUGUGUAUACAGCCUUCACCUUGCGAAAAGAAAAUCUAGAAAUGUUUGAAGCGGUUGGUUUUUUAGCUGUCAAACUUGGUGUGAUUCCUUCGGAUUUUAGUUAUGCAGGCCUUAAAGACAAGAAAGCCAUCACCUAUCAAACAAUGGUCGUUAGAAAAGUGACUGCAGAGAGGUUGCAAAAUAUAGAAAAGGAAAUUGAAAAGAAAAGAAUGAGUGUGUUUAAUAUUCGGUCUGUAGAUGAUUCCCUUAGACUUGGUCAGCUCAAAGGAAAUCACUUUGAUAUUGUCAUCAGAAACUUGAAAAACCAUAUAAAUGAUUCUUCAAACCUGAGAGAGAGAAUUUUGGAGGCAAUAGAAAGUGUUAAGCAUAAAGGGUUUGUGAAUUACUAUGGACCACAGAGAUUUGGCUUGGGAAGGAGAGUCCACACAGAUCAGAUUGGUUUGGCUUUGUUGAAGAGUGAAAUGGUGAAGGCUGUAAAAUUAUUUCUUACACCAGAAGAUUUGGAUGAUCCCGUAAAUAGAGCAAAGAAAUAUUUUCUUCAAACUGAGGAUCCUAAAGGCACACUUUCACUAAUGCCCGAAUUUAAAGUUCGAGAGAGAGCAUUGUUGGAGUCGUUGCAUCGCUUUGGCAUGACUGAGGAGGGUUGUAUCCAGGCAUGGUUCUCUUUUCCUUAUUCUAUGCGCAUUUUCUACAUUCAUGCAUAUAGCAGCAAAAUUUGGAAUGAGGCAGCAUCUUACAGACUUGCAACCUAUGGAUCAAGAGUGAUGGAGGGUGAUUUGGUCUGUUUGGAUGAAAAUGGUGAUGAUGAGCAUUUCUCAAAUAGUAAAGUUCAUCUAGUAACUGAAGAAGAGGAAUUGGCUAAUACAUAUGCAAUACAUCAGGUGGUUCUUCCAGUGCUUGGAUACAAUAUUCAGUACCCAAAGAACAAAGUAGGGCUAUGGUACCAGGAAGUACUUAGCAGAGAUGGACUGCAGACAUGUAGAUUUAAAGUACCUACUCUGAAACUGAAUGUUCCAGGAUGCUAUAGAAAGAUUUUGAAACAACCCCAUAAUAUCUCAUACCAACUAAGAGAAGAACACAAUACUGAUGUCAAAGAAGAGGGUUCCCAGGUCAAUGAAGCAACUUUAUCUCUUUUGAUUUCUUUUGAUCUUGAUGCUUCGUGUUAUGCUACAGUUUGUCUGAGAGAAAUAAUGAAGCAUAACUUUUAAAACUGGUAUCCUUGAUAUAACGUAUAUAUGUUGCUCUUUAAAGGAGAGGGAGCUAAAAUUUCUUGAGAGUCUGUCAUGUGCUAGGAGCUUUAUAAUUAUCUCCCUUAGCAAUAUGAUAUCCUAAUGAAGUACGGAUUUGAUGCUAAUAUUCUGGAAGACAUAUAACUAGUAAGUGGCAGUAUCUGAGUUUAAGAUUCCAAAGCCUGUGUGGCUUUUUUUUAAUUACCUAAGAUUUUGGUGACCUUUAUUCUGUGUUAUAAAAAUUACAGUCUUUCUGGACUACAAGGAGCAUAUAAUACUGCAAGAUAACAUUUAAGAAAAAAAGUUUUUGGAGUAAUGUUUAUAUCCUUUAGCUUCCUGCUUAGAAUAUAAAUUAAACUAGAUUGUAAUGAAAGCAUAUAGUUGGAGAUAAAGAUAGAUAAAGCAUUUUGUUAAUUAUUGUUGUCAUUCUUUCCUAUUUUUGAAAUUAUUGAUAAGAAAACUACAUCAGGGAAAUGUAAUCUCUCUAUGAUAGCUACCUCAGGAUAGU